CUGUGAUCUGCGUUUUGGAUGUACGUCAUUGUUUGCGGUCUAAUCCUUGGAGUAGACACGAUCAUCUUCAUGUUCUUCAGUGGAGACACAGCUGUGCGGUUGAACUUCUCUCGAAUGGUUCAGUAAUAUUUCUUCAAGGCGCUGAUGAAUACGCCUAUGAUGGAGAGACUUUGACCUUUAACCUCUCUAUGCUCUGGAAACCUUUAGUCCUUGAUCAUGGCUUCAUCUGGAACAGAGAAUCAGUUUCCAGUCUGGAGAGGAAAUGUGUGGAAACGUUAACCAGCUUCACUGACCUUCAACGAGAGGGAAAAUUCAUCACAGCAUCUCGUCCUGAGGUUUACUCUUCUGUAAAAGCGUGUGGAUCAUCAGACCAGCAGGUUCUGGUGUGUUUGGCCACAGGCUUCUACCCUAAACAUGUGCAGAUGGAGAUCAGACGCGAUCAGACGCUGUUACCUGAUGAGCAGCUGAACUCACAUGGAAUCAGACCAAACACAGACGGAUCCUUUCAGCUGAUGAAGAGCCUGCAGAUCCUGCCGUCUGAUAGAUCUCACUAUCAGUGUGUGGUGAAGCACCAGACUCUGACUGAACCACUCAUUAUCAGCUGGGGACCAGAAACACAUGCAGGUUUGGCUGCUGCUUUAAAUGAUUCUUCAGAUGAUGAAAACGCCACAGAUGACAGUCUGGAGGAGGUUCAGACUGAGGAGCUUCAUGAAACUCAAAGUCUUUGUGAGGCUAAAGAGACUCCAGCAGCAGCUCCUACAGCAGCUCGAGCCAUGGAGAGAGAAGACACCAAUCAGAACACUGUUUCCCAGAAUGCACUGCUGUUACCACUGCCAAGACGCUGCAGAUCCAAGAACAUUUCAAUGCCAGAUCUUGCUCUAGAAAGAAAGGACAACAGUGACUUAAGAAGAUCAAGUGUUGGUUGGAGAAGAGGAGGGCUGUUCUGAUGUUACUUCCAUCAUUAAUGCCAAAAAUACAUGGACACCUGAACAUCACGGUCAUAUGUGCUUCACAUUUACUUUCCACAACAUCCACACAGCUUCCACUCUAUAAAUAGGUCAGAAACUGGAUUAACCAAAUACAGUGGUUAUAGAAAUGAAUCACCCCCUUUAAAAUAAUCACAUUUUGUUGCUUUGCAGCCUGAAAUGAAGA